AUGCUGGCUCCGUCCGUCCAUUCGUUCCUCUGGCUGUUCGGCUGUGUGCUGUUCCGAGGUACUACAGCCUCCACAGACUCCUCUGUCCACGCUGUAACAGGUCGAUCCCCAUCAACAACGCACAGCCCUGAAGUAAAGAACCACACAUCAGAGCCUUCAGUAAAAUCAACACCACCAACUGACUUGAACCUCACCUCCGUGGGUCCAACUACUACAGCCAAGUCCUCUUCUGUUGCUACAACACUGCUAACACCAACUGUACAAGAUGAAAAGUCUUCUGGAAGCAGAAGCACAGCAGCUUCACCAUCUCAAGGUCAAGAGCCCACAAGAAGCAAGAGUACCACAACAUUAGUAACUCAAGGGACCUCAAAUCCAGUCACCCCAACACCUUCUGGCUACCUGCCUGUGCCCACUCCAACAGAUGAUAAAUCACCUUUGACAGUGGCAGCUUUUGGUGUCAUCAGCUUCAUCAUUAUCCUGAUAGUGGUUGUGAUCAUUCUGGUCAGCGUGGUCAGCCUGAGGUUCAAGUGUAAUCGCUCAAAGGACUCAGAAGACAAACAGAAACCGGGAACCUCUAUGGUAUCAGAGAGCUGCUCAGCAGGCACAAGCCAGAAGGAUAACAGCAUCACCCUGAUCUCCAUGAAGAACAUCAACAUGAACAACAGCAUGAGUUAUCCACCAUCAGAAAAG